AGUCCCUUUCCAGCACCUUCUUUGCAGGAACGCGGGUCACAUGGGCCCCGGGCUGGAUGCGUGGGGAGGGCUAGAGCGCAUGCGCUAGGUGGGCGGAUUGCAAGUGGGGGUGGGGGCGGGCUAGGUGGAAAGCACGUGGCAGGUGGGCAGAGCACACGUGAGGGGGCGGGGCUGCCUGCGGAAGGGGCCGUGUGCGUGGGGUCGCUCUGCAGCUGCGAGUUCAUGGCGUCUCGGUGCUCCGAGCCCGACCCGGAGGUCUCCGGAGUGCCCACCGUCAGGAGAUGCAACGGCUCCUCCCUGUCUGGUGCCCUCUCCUGCUGCGAGGACUCGGCCCAGGGCUCGGGCGCGCCCAAGGCCCCUAGGGUGGCCGAGGGUCCCACCUCCUGUCUUCGGCGGAACGUGAUCAGCGAGAGGGAGCGCAGGAAGCGGAUCUCGUUGAGCUGUGAGCGUCUGCGGGCCCUGCUGCCCCAGUUCGAGGGCCGGCGGGAGGACAUGGCUUCGGUCCUGGAGAUGUCUGUGCAGUUCCUGCGGCUUGCCAGCGCCCUGGGGCCCAGUCAGGAGCAGCACGCUAUUGUUGCUUCCUCCAAGGAAAUGUGGCACUCGUUGCAGGAGGACGUUUUACAGUUGACGCUGUCGAGUCAGAUUCAAGCAGGCGUGCCAGACUCUGGGACGGCAGCGUCCGGCGGGACUCGAACCCCAGAUGUGAAGGCAUUUCUGGAAAGUCCUUGGUCCCGGGAUCCAGAGGCGGCCAGCCCAGAGCCCCUGCCGCACAUCCUCGCGUCCUCCAGGCAGUGGGACCCCAUGAGCUGCAGGUCCCUGGGCACGGACAAGUGUGAGGCACUGUCGGGGCUGUGCCAGGUGCGGGGUGGGCUGCCGCCUUUCUCAGAACCUUCCAGCCUGGUGCCGUGGCCCCCAGGCCGGAGUCUUCCUAAGGCUGUGAGGCCACCCCUGUCCUGGCCUCCAUUCUCGCAGCAGCAGACCUUGCCUGUGAUGAGCGGGGAGGCCCUUGGCUGGCUGGGCCAGGCUGGGCCCCUGGCCAUGGGGGCUGCACCUCUGGGGGAGCCAGCCAAGGAGGACCCCAUGCUUGCGCAGGAGGCCGGGUCUGUGUUGGGGUCUGAUGUGGAGGAUGGGACGUCAUUCCUGCUGACUGCUGGUCCCAGCUGGUGGCCGGGAUCUCUGGAGGGCCGAGGAGGCAGUGGCCCUGCGUGGGCCCCAGCUGAGAGCAGUCCACUGGAUGAGGGAGAGCCAGGCUUCCUAGGGGACCCUGAGCCUGGCUCCCAGGAGCUCCAGGACAGCCCUCUGGAGCCGUGGGGCCUGGAUGUGGACUGUGCAGGCCUGGCCCUGAAGAACGAGGUGGAGAGCAUCUUCCCUGACUUCUUUGCCUGCUAGCAGCCAGGCUGUGGAGAGGAGGCGGGCGGGGCCGGCGGAUCUGGAGCUGUGUGUGUCCCUGUCGCAUGCUUGGGCAUUUUAUUUUGGGUUUGGGUUGCAGCUGCACCCUAAUUUGAGCGAGGCUUACAGGCUGUGAGAAGAGGAUACUGAAUAUUAAAGAGGGAAAGCAGUUUUCCUGGAGGAAGCAAAA